UAAUCAGUGUUACCAAACGAGCCACGCAGAAAGAUCUUUCUGGACAGAAAAGCGUGUGCAGGCGUUAUCCCAUUUAUUCAGUUGCAAUUCCCAUCGAACCCUAAGCAAUUCGUCAGAUACAGAAACAUCUGUAAUCCAUCAAUGGCUGUGGAGGUCUGUGUUAAGGCUGCUGCCGGUGCUCCUGACAUUCUUGGCGACUGUCCAUUCUGCCAAAGGGUACUCAUGACUCUGGAAGAAAAGAAAGUCCCUUACAAGACGCAUUUGAUCAACACCAGUGACAAGCCCCAGUGGUUCUUGGAAGUGAAUCCAGAAGGGAAGGUGCCGGUUAUGAAAUUUGAUGACAAAUGGAUUGCUGAUUCUGAUGUUAUUGUUGGUAUUAUUGAAGAGAAAUACCCGAACCCUUCUUUGUCUGCUCCUCCUGAAGUCUCCUCUGUGGGAUCAAAAAUAUUUUCUUCUUUCGUUAAGUUCUUGAAGAGCAAAGACCCCAACGAUGGUUCAGAGCAGGCUCUGCUUGAUGAAUUGAAGGCAUUGGAUGAGCAUCUAAAAGCUAAGGGACCUUAUGUGAAUGGAGGAAAUAUAUGUGCUGUUGAUUUGAGUUUAGCACCAAAGCUUUACCAUCUUGUCGUGACUCUUGGCCAUUUCAAGGGUUGGAAUGUUCCAGAAAGUUUGACUCAUUUGCAUAACUACAUGAAGUUGCUCUUUUCUCGGGAGUCUUUCCAGAAAACGAAUGUUGCAAAGGAAUACGUAAUUGCAGGUUGGGCGCCCAAAGUUAAUGAAUGAACAUUGUGGACUCUAGCAUGGUGUGUUAUUGUGGCCUUGUGUGAAUGUGUCCUAGAAAUAAGGUGGACUAGUCUUAGUGCUUAUGGUCAAUAAUUGAACCGUUUACCCCUGUAUAUUUUCCUUGUUAAGAUCUGAUGUAUGAUCUAGGAACGUGUCUUGGUUUCCACCAUUCCACUGUCAAGAAUUAUAUGUCGAUCAGAUGCAUGGUAAUUUUUUAGAGUA